UGUUAAGGUUGCUGAACUAUUAAUGUCUGCUAUCGAUACGGAUAGUUUUUUACUAUCGGUAGUUGACCUUGUAAUUCAUCUACUACAUUGUAGAUGAUGAUGUAGUUCUACAACAACGAUAUAAUUGACAGUUUAGUUCGAAACCGUUCAAUUAUAUUCGAUCUAAAACUAAAAUAUUAGCGGUAGUCCUGUCCGGAGCUAUUGUUUUUAUUCAACUAUCGAUAAGCGCCCACACCCAAAGGACAAGAAAACCACGAGAAGCGUGAUGAAGGAUCCGAUUCCAGUUUGGGAGAGUGAGGAGCGCGUAAUAGACUAUCGAUAUCGAUAGUGGAGUAUCGAACGGCAGAACUAGUUCAUGCAUUUUUAAUUUUACAUUUGUUUUGUUUAUUGUCAAAGCUUUUCAAUACCUAUCUGUUUAUUUGGUAAUACGUGAAGAAUAAACAAUACCUGUUGUAUUUCAUUUUUAAACCCGUAAAUCCUUAUCAUGAGUGUCAGCGGUUACCUUUCUGGCUCUUCUAAACUCGCAUGCAGUCCUGCAAUAGAGACAUUGGAGUCGUCGCUGCAAUUGAGUUUGUCUACCUUGAAAGAUCUUGUCGUAGAAUUUGAAACACUCAAUGUCAGUUCAGAAAACUAUAAAACCCAAUUUCUGGAACAAAAAGCAAAAUGUGAAAGUAACUGCUGUAAAGGCUCGGAGGCAUUGAAAGAAAUAAUAACUUCCAAAGAUAAAAUUAUUCAGCUGACUGCUUCAGCAUUAACAAAACUGAACGAGACGAAAAACUUUAACAUUGUGAAGGGAAUAUUGAAAAUACUUUGCGGUGACACAACACAACCAGUAAAGCUGUCACCAAUCAAAACGAAUGAGGAAAUUAAAAAAGAACAGGAAUCGCCUGUAUACAGCCCUGAAAAAGAUUCAAUAGACAUACAUUUAAAGGAGGAGUCUCUUGUAGAAAUUGAGGGUACCCCCACUGGUCGUACUAGUCCGAUAAUACAACCGAAGAAGCUGCGUAGUACAAGUAAUUCAACAGAUUUUAGAGAAAAGAAAAAAUGUCCUAGUGACUGGCAUACACCAGAAUCGAAAGUAGUAAAGUUAAUAUAUCCAAGCCCUAGAGCGGCAAAAGGCAAAAAUCUCCGGCUGAAACAGACCAAGAUACAAUUAGCGAAUAUAAAAAAAUCCAACACCAUAGAUCUGACUAGUUCACCUGAGUUCUCUGGAGGCAUACGAGGUGUAAGGAGCGAAAGUUUGACCGGUGUUCAGACCUUAAUCAAGAAAGAAUCUAUAGAAAGCGAAGAUACAAUAUUACCUUCACCCACUAGUGGUCCUACAAAUUUUUCAGCUUUGUAUAAAUCUUCUAAAAAUAGUCCAAGUAAAUUCAAGCCGCCUCUAUCAUUGUCUAAGUUGAAAUCUGAGAAUGUGCCCAUGAGCAUAGACAAUAAUCGUGAUGCAAAGGAAAUUGCGGACACAACCAACAUUGAGGAAUCUAUCAAUUUGCUUCAACCAAAGAGGAGAAAUGGCUUUAAAAGACAAUCGCCAAUAAAAUUUCCAUUCAUAGAUAGAGACCUUACAAAUUGUGAUACGCAAAAUGACGAAAGCUUGUCUUUAUUACAUCAUGUCAAUAUGCUUGAAGCCGAUCAGGAGAAUAUUGGGAGAAAAUCCCCAAUUACCAGCCCCACCAAAAGACCACUUGCGGAGAACAUAAACGUAACAAAUUUACAAGAAGACGUCCAUAUUGAAUCCAGUAUGUCGCUGUUGAGCCGGGAAAUCAAACCUAUUACAGAAGAUAAAAUUAAAAGAAGAGUCCCAGACCCUACUGAACCAUUGUACAAGGAACCAACAGUGAGGAAGAAGGCUGAGAAGCGAGCCUUGCCGGGCUGGAGCUGUGAUGAAUGUAAACAUUUCUUCGCCGAGCUAUACAAAGACGACCCUGAUAUGCUCGCACAGAAGAUGGACGAGUGCUCCAAACACCGCGGCAAACAAAACCCGGUCAGACCCAAGACCCCGGACGGCUUCUGGAACCCGAGAUGGGACGUGCCCCUGGACACUGAAGAGUUCAACAAGAGAAACAAUGCUGUUUGAUAAAUAGUAAAGUGAAUUUCAAUGGUUAUAAAGUAAUGUUUUGAACAAAUGUGUAUCAGACGUUGGCAUAAUUUUUAUUUCGCAGAGUUUAUCAUAAGAUGUUGUCUCAGUUUUUAUAUUAUUUGUGUAAUACAUAUUUAGGAAAAUGUUAUCUGAUUACUUGUUAGGGUUUCUCUGUGUUUAGUUAAAAUUAUUUCUUAGCUAAGAUGAAAAUGACGUCAUCUAAAAUAAAAAUAAAAAAUGUGAAAGUGCUAUUGAUUAUUUAAAAAAAUAUUAUAAACCUUUUUUUUAACAUUUCUUUUCUUAAAAAAAAGCUUUUAUUCAGGUGUCUUCUAAUUUUAUGUAUCUUUUCAAUAAAACCUUAUUAUGAUUUUAUAUUUAUUUCAUUGUGAUAUAUUAGAUCUUAUAUAAUAUACUCCUUAUCAUUGUAUGUUAUUGUGAAUUUUAUGUCUUCUAUUAGAAGUUUAUAAUUCUGUAUUAAAUUGUACAACAUACAUAUGAUCACGUCUAUAUCCCUUGCGGGGUAGACAGAGCCAACAGUCUUGAAAAGACUGAAUGGCCACGUUCAGCUAUUUGGCUUAAUGAUAGAACCGAGAUUCAAAUAGUGACAGGUUGCUAGCCCAUCGCCUAAAAGAGGAAUCCUAAGUUUAUAAGCCUAUCCCUUAGUCGCCUUUUACGACAUCCAUGGGAAAGAGAUGGAGUGGUCGUAUUCUUUUUUGUAAUAGUGCCGGGAACCACACGGCAAAUUGUACAAAUGUAUCAUUAUUGCUAAAUACUCAAUCUGUAACAAGAUAUUAAAAAAAAACAAGAGUAAUUGAGUCUAAAUUGUUAUGAGGGCAAGAUUUGUGUUAAAGUCCAUUUGAAAAGGCCACUGACUUCACAAGAAUCACACGUAUCGUAUAAUGAGUAAUCGUAUAAUUGUGACGUCACUAACGGAACUUUCGAGAACAUUUGGUAAAACAUUUUAUUAGAAUGUAAACAAAGUUUCACAUGUCAGGGUAUCUUUAAUAGUUAUGUAUAAAUAC